AAAGAGCACAUCAUGCGAACCCCCAUCUACUCGGUCUCGGCACGUCACUUUCGAGGCUUCCUUUCGUUUACCCCUCAUUCGUUUGGUAUUUGGCCUCGUGUUGGGAAUAUCUUUCCCUUUCUCGUCCAUCAUGAGAGUCAACAGCUUGAUCCUAUGGGCAGCUGCGUUGGCAAUCGCUAGCGCUGAGCCGUUGCCAUACCGGCUUCCCAAGCAUGUCCGACCUAGAUACUACAGCCCGCCGCCUUAUUACCCAUCCUCCAGUUCCACCGAGGGCGGAGAGACUUCGCUAUCUACAUACUCCACUGGUACCAAUGACUUUCUCUCUACGCCCCUACUAACUCCCACCAUCACCGCAACUGCCCCGUCGCGAUCGUCAACUACCGUGCCAAUUGUCAGCACUAUUAUUCUCACCCUGACGUCUCCCGUCUCUAAUAGCACAACAUCUUUGGUCAAGCCUUCUGGCUCAACUUCUUUGGUCACUACUUGUUUCUUUUCAAAGGGCACACUGACAUGUUUGCCCUUAUCCACAGCGAACACUUCUUUUCCGUCUUCGACUCCCCUUAGUACCACAAACACGGAUGCUGUUCCAACGAGCUUUCCUGUUGAGACCUCAUCGACACCCGUAUCUCUAACUACCGGCAUUUCUUCUUCUGGCUCCGUACCACUGACGGCGAGCGCUUCCUCCACUUACUCCGGGUCAAGUGAAACGCCGCUAUUCCCCAACAGUACGACUCUGGGCUCGUCGUCAUCCACGGGAGGAACCGGUACCGAAACAGCAUCCACGCUAUCUUCGACUUCGACCUCCACAGAAACACUGGUGUUAAACAGUACGACCUCAAGCGGCUAUUAUGUUCCCACACCAUCCACGACCGGAUCCAGUAAUAGCUCUACAAGCCCAUCUUCUUACAUCGAGACCCUUACGACUACUAUAGAGAUCACGAGUGAGAUCACGGUCCCGCCGUUCACAACUACGCCAAUCUGGAGCAAUGUCAGUACCACCGCGACCCCGUCAAGCCCGAGCAACAUCACCGUUGUGCCUUCAACCACGUCAUCCUUUUUCAAUAUUUCGACCAUCAGCUGGAGCAUUUUCUCGAGCACCCCGUCAAGCUCCAACACUGCCACAGAAGCCACCAGCACGUCGAGCGAGUCCAUUCCUUACCCUUCUAGCUACUCUUUUUCGCUGCUGCCUUCUACGAGCGGGGAGUACUCCAGCACUACCGAGUCAGUGCCCAGUCCUACAGAGAGUUCGACCACGUCCGAGUUCUUCAGUAGUACUACGGAGUCCAGCACCACUAUAACCGGAGCAGAAACUACGUCAGGUUUCUGGAGCACAACUUCAGAAUUCUUCCCGUCCACAAUUGAGGAGUCAACUACUUCAGACGUCUUCAGCAGCACGACUGGGACUAUUCCUUCUCCCACUGAGGGGUCAACCUCUUCGGAAGUCUUCCCUACUACUGAGUCUUCUACUUCUGAAGUCUUCAGUACGACGUCGGAAUUAUUCCCAUCUACUACCGAAGAUUCCACUACGUCUGGAUUCAUCAUAACAGACACUGUAACCGCAUCGACUCCCAGUCCAACGGAACAAACCACGACGUCGUUGUCGUUCUCAAUCACGAGUGGAGUGUCUACAACAUCCGACUCCUUCAGUAGCACCACAUCGGAAUCCUUCCCAUCUACCACCGAAGAGUCUACGUCUGAAUCCUUCCCUAGCACUACCGAGGAAUCCGCGAGUACGGUGUAUCCUUCUAGUACCACAUCCGAGUUGUUCCCAUCGACCACAGAAGAGUCCACAACGUCGGGAUUCUUGCCGAGCACUACCGAGGAAUCCACGACCUCCGAGUAUCCAUCCAGCACCUCUGAAUCAUUCUCCUUCACGAGCGAAGCGUUUACAACGUCAAACUUCUCCAGUAGCACCACGACGGAGUCCUCCCCGUCGAGCACGCAAGAGUCAACAACCUCGGAUGUCUUUCCAAGCACCACCAAGGAAUCGAUGACCUCAGAAUACUCAUCUAGUACUUCUGAAUCGAUCCCCUUCACAAGCGAAGCGUCCAUAACGUCAGACUUCUCCAGUAGCACCACGACGGAGUCCUUCCCAUCGACCACGGAAGAGUCAACAACCUCGGACGUCUUCCCCAGCACCUCCGAGUCUUUCAGCAGCCUCACCUCAGAAGCCUCAUCCACCACCCCGACAGCUUCCACCACAGACGCAACUUCCACCUCCCUCACCCCCUCAGAAUCCACCUUCCCAUCCACCCCCACUUCCCCCGAACCAUCCAGCACCCCGACAGCUUCCACCACAGACGCAACUUCCAUCUCCUCCCUCACCCCCUCGGAAUCCACCUUCCCACCCACCCCCACUUCCCCCGAACCAUCCAGCACCCCGUCCCCAGACACCUCCUCCUCAAGCACAACCGGGUACCCCGAAUCCUCCACAUACACCAACCCCUCCUCCUCGCCAGAACCAAGCACUACCAGCACCAGCACCAGCUUCACAGGCACCAACACCGACGCAGUCCCUACCUCCUUCCCCGUCGACUCCUCCACCACCAGCGUCUACUCCAUCCCCCUCCCCAGCACGACAACCCCAGGGACCACAAACACCGACGCAGUUCCCACCUCCUUCCCCGUCGACUCCUCCACCUCCAUCUCUACCCCCCUCAGCGUCGAAACCUCCACAACCGACCUAUCCUCUUCCACGCCCACCACGCUUGAGACAGUGACGUCGGGCUCGGGCACGAGCAGCGACAUCGAAGCCACAACCACAACGACGAGCGGAAGCGGGUACUACACGCCGCCGACGCCGACGUAUGGGGAGGAAAUGGAGAUAGCGCCGAUGACAAAGAGGGGCAUGAUGGGUAUGUGGUUCGUCUAAGCCACGCCACUGACUGGGCUGGCAAUACCAUACCAUACCGCUCUCUCAACGGCAUGGGAGGCAGGCUGGGCAACGAGGUAGUUGGGGUCAGGUGAUGAACGUACAUGAUGAAGCAAGUGACGGCGUCUUAAAAAAAAAGAAUGGAGGUUUGGGCUUGGUAUCUAUGGCAUAGCAUAGCAUGAUUUUUCCUUUUCGCUUCUCUACGGUCCCUUGGGGUAUAGACGCCUUUCCUUUCCUUUCCUUUCCUAAUAUUUCGCUUCUUCUCGCGCCGCGC